UUUUAAGCCUUCCAUUAUGUGUCGUGUAUUGUGGUUGGUGCCUUCUUAUCCAAAUUAUGACUCAAAGGAUACCCUCCCUAAAUCCAUCCUAUUUAAAGACACUCAACUGAAGCAUUAAACCCAGUUGUUUCUCUCUUCAUGAUUUGCAUUAUACCCACACCCAACCUUAUGGCAAAAACUCCCUUCCUCCCUCCUCUUAUGUUUCUGCUUUUAUUUGCAACCUUUAGUGCUACUUUCUCUGCCAACAUCACCACUGAUCAAUCUGCCCUUUUAGCCUUAAAAUCCCAUAUCACUCACGAUCCCCACAACUUCCUAGCAACCAACUGGUCCACUUCUACCUCUGUUUGCAAUUGGAUUGGUGUCACCUGUGGAUCCAGACACCACAGAGUCACAGCUCUGAACUUGUCAAGUAUGGAUCUCACAGGCACCAUCCCAUCUCAGUUGGGAAAUUUAUCUUUCCUUGCCUACCUCUACAUUCAUAACAAUAGUUUUCAUGGCUCUUUACCUAUUGAGUUAACUAAUUUGCAUCGGCUGAAAUAUUUGAACUUUGGUAACAACAGCUUCAGUGGAGAAAUCCCAUCAUGGUUUGGUUCCUUCGCUAAACUUCAAGGCUUGUUCUUGUACAGGAACAACUUCACUGGUGUUAUCCCAUCCACUCUUGGCAAUUUGUCAAAACUUGAAAUGUUGAGCUUGUACAGCAACAGUCUCCAAGGUCAUCUAUCAUCAGGAAUGUUUGACAACCUUUCUAAAUUACAAGGACUCGAUUUACAUGAAAAUCAAAUUUCUGGCAGGAUUCCAAAGAGUUUAUUCAAAUGCAAAGAGUUGACGUUUUUAUCAUUGUUUUCCAACUCUUUGCAGGGAAGUAUACCUUCAGAAAUUGGGAAUUUGACUAUGCUCGACAUUCUGUAUCUUAAUCAGAACAACCUCAAAGGCCAUCUAGAGUCAGAAAUAUUUGAUAACAUGUCUAAAUUGCAAGUAUUAAGCUUGAAUGGGAAUCAAAUUUCUGGUAGCAUUCCCAGUAGUUUAUACAAGUGCAAAGAGUUGAGGUAUUUAUCACUGUGGAACAAUUCUAUGGAAGGAAGUAUACCUAUAGAAAUCGGAAAUUUGACUAUGCUCCAAUCUUUGUUUCUUGGUUACAAUAACUUCAAAGGUACAAUUCCAUCGGUUAUCAAAAAUAUAAUUUCUCUAGAAAUGAUUGAUUUUUCGGUUAACAACUUCACGGGCCAAAUUCCUUCCUCGUUAUGCAAUUUGAGUUCUCUUGUGGCUCUCGAUUUAUCGAACAAUAGGUUGGAUGGAACAAUUUCGGAAUGUGUUGUAAAUUUUGCUGAAGGUUGCACCUUACAAAGUUUUGGAAUCGAAAACAACCAAGUCGAAGGGUCACUGCCACGAUCUUUAGGAAAUUUGGAUCAGUUACAAGUGCUUAACUUGAGAUCGAACAGAUUCUAUGGUAAGGUGGAUAGCUAUGAUGUUACCUUCACUCGUUUGCGUGUCAUUGAUCUCUCUCGUAAUAACUUCAGUGGCUACCUACCUGUAAAUUUUUUUGAAAAUUUGCAUGCCAUUAGAGAAGUGAAUGAAAAGAAAGUUAAACCAGAGUACAUGAUAGAUACAAUAGUUGGUGGAGUAUAUAUUGCGCCAGGUUUAUCUUUAACAACAAAAGGAUUGGAAACAGAGUUUGAGAAACUAUUAACCAUAUGGACAGCUAUUGACUUUUCCAGCAACCAAUUCUUCGGAGAAAUUCCCAAAACAAUUGGAGAGCUUCAUUCACUAAUUGUCCUAAAUCUCUCUCAUAAUUGUUUAACAGGUCCUAUCCCAUCAUCAUUAGGUGAAUUGUCAGAACUUGAAUCAUUAGAUCUCUCAUCAAACAAGCUCAGUGGAAGAAUUCCAACAGAGUUUACAAAUCUUGGAUUCCUAGAGGUGUUAAACCUUUCUCACAAUAAUCUCGUGGGACCCAUUCCUAAAGGAAGAUUCUUCCAAACAGGACGAUCAUGCGGUCAUUAUUUCCCCGUUAUUCGCAGCUUCAAUCGUAGUCAUAGCUUCAGGGAUCAAUUUUCUGCAUUCCGUGUCAUAGGAUGUGAUUUACGAAGAAGACCUGAUUUCAAUGCCAUGAUGGCCUCCUCCUUUGAUCCAAAUAUAACCUAUGUUUUCGUGAUUGGCAAGUUGACUGGUCUAGUUGCUAAUGCCAUCGAUGAAAAUCUUAGAGUUGAUAAUGGUCCCAUAAUGAGUGCAGAAACCAUUGCAGGAAGAAUUUGCCAAGUGCUUCAAAGAAAGUGGAAUAUCUGAACUUGUUCGUCGAUAUUAUCUACGUUGCUCCGAUUCUUCAUUUUUCAUGAAAUAUACAAGACCGAUAUAAUAUCGGAUAUGAAUAUCGAUAUGUUACUCUUUUAAGAGUCCUCCAAAUACUCAUAUUAGGCAUUUCUCAGUGCACACUUGCAUUCAAUAUUUUCACCCAAUCCAAAUAACAUGACACCGUGAAAUAAAUUUCAAGACAAUU